AUGUGUUUUUUGUGUAAUCAUGAUAAGAAAGGAGGAAUUGAAAAUACUGCCAUUGGAACUUGGUCUAAGGGUAUAAGUUUAAUAAUAUGUUCAUCGCUAUUUUUACUUCAUUUUGUAAAUGAUGAUGAAUUAACACUAUUAAACAAAAAAUUAGCAGAUGGUGAAUAUAAAAUGAUUUAUUAUUUGAGUAUAUAUAAUUUGAUUGGUGCUUUUUGUUUAAUAUUUUUUUCUAUAUUGGGUCAUUUUGUAUAUAAAUCUUGCUUACGUCCUAUAUAUUUGGGAUCUUUCAUUGUGUCUUUAUUUUUAAUAUCAUCUGGUGUAUAUACAACAUCAAUUAGUAAAAAUAUAUCAUUAAAAAUUAUUGGCAUAAUGGAUGCUUUAAAAUAUCAUCCUGAUUAUAUGUUAUUAAAUAAAAUAAACAAAUUGGAUAGUAUUGAUAUAAAUGAAUUAUCAUCUGAUCCUCAAUUAGUAGUAGUAAAAUCUCAGAAACCUCCAGAAUUACCUGAUACAACUUUUUUCGAUGCAACAAAAGUAUUAGAAAUGAUAAAAGAUAGACAAACCUUCCUUGAAACAAAAAAAGAAAUAUUAUACAAAAGUUUAUCAAGAGAAGAUUUGAUGAAAAUGUUUAACGAUAUAAAAGUUUCUGAUCAAACUAUACAUAAAGAUUUAGUUCAAAAUACUCUUUUAGAUUUAUAUGAGAAAAUAAAAAAUAUACGUCUUAAUUUUGAUAUAUAUGAUAAAUUUUAUAAAUUUAUGGAAACUAAUUCAUCUGCUUUUAUAACAAACUCUGAAAAAAUAAAAAAUUUCACAGAUAAAUUUCAGAAAAUAUUUAAUCAAUAUAAUAAAUCACUUUUUAACACUUUAAAAUAUGAAUUAGUAAAACAUGAUGAUGAAAUUAUUAAAAUAUAUUUAGAUUCAAUAGAAAAAAUCAAGAAAGUAAAGGAUACUAAUAAAAAUGCAAAAUUAAAUAAAUAUAUAGAUGAUUUAAAAGAAAGAAAUAUACUUAUUCUAUCAUCUGUUUUAUUAUUGAUGUCAUUUAUAUAUAUCCAUAAGGGCGCCACAUUAACAACCAAAAGUUCGAUGUCAAUAUCGUUAAUGUAUGCUCCUUCUAUGUCUUAUUUGAUUACCUUAGCGUGUAUUUUCGUUUGCAGUGGAAUAUUUUUUUUUUCCAUCAUUGGUUUAGUAUUAUAUGUAUUUAGCCUAAUAUUAAUAUUUUUUUUGAUUUUCUCACAAUGCUUUUGUGAAAGGCUUUUUAAACUGUUCAUGGGAUUUAUAUACACCUUUUUAUUUUUGUUUUCUUUAUUGAUUGCAUAUAUAUUAAUUGAAGAUUUUAAUGAAGGCUCCAAAGUAUAUAAUGAGUACAAAAAGAAUGAUUACAAUGACUUUUAUUGGGUUUUAUUGAACAAAAGAACUUAUGAAUAUUUCAAAAGUUUUGUUUUGUUUUCGUAUGGACAAAUGUUCUUAGUAUGUAUAGCUUUGUGUGCUUUUAUGAUUAUAUAUUCUUUAUAUUGUAUAUUUUAUACAUUUCGUUCUAUUUGUACUUCAUCAGAGCAAUUAUCUAGUUCGUUUUAG